AUCCUUAUAACUAGCUGCAGAACUAGCUGCGCACCGUUUCGGGGAGUAUUGGUUCUUCCGAAAGUCUUCCGAGAUAAGAUAAGAUAAGAUAUAAAGGAGCCUUGUUCUCACAGGGAAACGGAGGCGAGGCGCGACCCGCACUCUCGCAACCUCGGCUGAACUGAUACACUUGUCGGCUCAAGGCUCUACCGUCAUGAGGAUCUGGACUAGAAGUACAACUUGCAGCAAUACGUUUCAUGCUGCUAAUUCUCUAUUAUCUCUAAAACGCCUCAUCCUUCCUUAAACCAGGACCUCGACGAUUAUCUUCCGGCUACACCUUAACCCUCAUGCUGCGCUGAGCAUUGUAGUACUACUCUCCCAAGUCCCCACUCGCAGCUGUUCUCCCUCGGCAUUGGCUGUCUACAGCCUGUAUAAUUCUUCCCAGGUUUCGAAUUGCUGUUGACGCGAAAUGGCUGCACAAUCAAAGGUGGCUCCGCUGCCUCCUUGGGGCUACGCGAUUGCUGGCUCUGCCGGCGCCGUCUGGGCAAACGCUCUCGUUUAUCCUCUGGACAUUGUAAAAACGAAACUCCAAGUUCAGGUAAAGAGGAAGCCUGGCGACACAACCUCGGACGAGGACCACUACAAGGAUACCGGCGAUGCCAUUGCCAAGAUCAUGAAGCAAGAGGGGGUUGCAGGUCUCUAUCAGGGCAUGGCCAGUUCCUUGGCUGGUGUUGGCUCUACUAAUUUUGCCUUCUUUUACUGGUUCACGAUGGUCCGCACACUGUAUGCUAGCUACCAGAAGACUCCCGGUCCUCCAGGAACUGCGGCUGAGCUUUCCAUGGGAGCUGUGGCUGGCGCUUUGGCUCAACUGUUCACUCUACCCGUCGCCGUGAUUACCACAAGGCAGCAAACCCAGAGCAAAGGAGAGCGGAAGGGAUUCUUCGACACCGGAAGGGAAGUCAUAGCCAGCGAGGAUGGCUGGACCGGUCUAUGGAGGGGUCUGAAGGCCAGCUUGGUGCUGGUCGUCAAUCCAUCCAUCACUUACGGCGCGUAUGAGAGACUUCGAACCUUACUUUUCCCAAAUGUUGUUGUCCUGAAGCCAUGGCAAGCAUUUCUACUCGGUGCGAUGUCGAAAUCGCUCGCAACGAUCGCAACACAGCCUCUCAUUGUAGCAAAGGUCGGUCUUCAGUCGAAGCCACCGCCAGCCCGUAACGGCAAACCCUUCAAAUCUUUCCUCGAAGUUAUGGCGUUUAUCAUUGAGCAUGAAGGUGUUCUGGGUUUGUUCAAGGGCAUCGUACCGCAGAUUAGCAAAGGAAUCUUGGUCCAGGGUAUUCUCAUGAUGACCAAAGAGAGGGUGGAACUUGCGUUCAUUCUGCUCUUCCGAUACGUUCGAAAACUCCGCGACGAGCAACUUAAGAAGGCCGCCGCGUUCGCAGCAGAGAAGGCAAAAGAGGCAGCUCCAGCACUGUUGAAGGCGUAACCUCGUUUCCGAACCCAUACGUGAUGAUCUAGACGGGCAGGGAAAGUGAUACAUACAUUUACAUAUUCUAGAUCUGGUGCAUGAAAUGGUGGACAUAGUCUGCAUCGGCGUUGAUGGAGUAAUUACUGCAUUACGUGUACAUAGUUCGAGCCAGGCCACAAGCUCAUCCGUCGCGUCGUGAACAACGUAGAAUGGUCACUGUGACACUCGAGCAAAUCGUAGUUUGACAAGCCAGCAAAACACAGCAAUCAGAGAGAAUGCCUGCCAUUGGGUGCACGUAGUGGACCACCCUUGACUUGG